UCAACAAAGUCCAACUACUACGAAGACUACCCCCACAACCAACCAUGUGCAAGUCCGUGUCCCUCCUUUCGCUGCUGCUUGUGGCUUUCCUGGCCUGCUCCUCGGUGCACUUGGCCCAAGGACAGGAGCUGACAUUUACGCUCUGCAGCCAAAAGCUGACGGAGAUGAUGAACCUGGUGUGCAAAUCUUUUAAUUCCAUGCUCCCACAGAAGCGCAGCUUGCCCAGCAAUGAUCUGGAUGACCCCCUCAAUCCUCUCCAGUUCGUUGAGCGGAAUGAGAUAGAGGAUAGCGAGGACUCGGACACUUCGGCCUAUGGGAAAUACUUCCGAAACUCCUUGUCCGCCAUCCGAAGACGCACAAGGGAAGGCAUCGUGGACAGGUGCUGCAAAAGGUACUGCUCGAUGAAAGCGCUCAAGGAGUACUGCGAAGUGGCCUAUUAGAUCUGUAACCAAUUGACUGGCUCUACCACACUAUCUCUGGACUUGGAAUCAACCAUGUGCAUAUAAGCUUCAAACGAUUUUUUUCUAAAGAUUUUUGCAUUUAUGA